AUGGCCCGGCGGACGUCUUGGCCAAAGAAGGUAGCAGAUAAAAUCAAGGACUCUCCCAUCGAGCAAGUGAGGCUGACCGUUCCCAUCACUGACGAUCCAACGUUACCAGUCUUAACAUUUCGGACGUGGGUUUUGGGCCUCACAGCAUGCAGUCUUCUCUCGUUCAUGAACCAGUACUUCCAUUACCGUCAAAACAGGAUCUUUGUAUCAGAUCUUGUGGCCCAGAUACUUCUUUUACCAGUCGGGAAGAUAAUGGCAAGGACAUUGCCAACAAAGCCCAUAAGAGUUCCAGGAACAAAAUGGACAUUUUCUUUGAACCCGGGACCAUUCAACAUAAAGGAGCACGCCUUGACGACCAUCUUAGCAUCUAUGGGUUCUGGUUCGCCAUUUGCAAUUGAGAUUAUUUCGCAGUCGAAGGUUUUCUACCAUAAGAAGAUAGAUCCAUUGCCAGCUUUUCUGUUAAUCCAUACCACUGAAAUGUUAGGUUAUGGGUUUGCUGGAAUGCUUAUGAAGCUACUUGUUGAAUCUCCUUACAUGUGGUGGCCUGAUGUACUUGUCACCGUUUCUUUCUUUAGGGCAUUGAACGUGGUUGAAGAAAGGCCCAAGGGACAAUUAACAAGACUUCAGUUCUUUUUUCUAGUCCUAGUCUCAAGCUUUUCCUAUUAUGUUAUCCCUAACUAUUUAUUUCCUUCAAUAACCGCCCUCUCAUUUAUUUGCUGGUUUUGGAAGGAUUCGGUUAUAGCCCAACAACUCGGUUCAGGUUGGAGUGGUCUUGGUAUUGGCUCCUUUGGCCUAGAUUGGUCCACGAUAGCGGGUUAUUUAGGCAGUCCUUUAGCUUAUCCUCUGUUUACGAUCAUAAACAGAACGGUUGGAUUUAUCAUAAUCUUGUACAUAAUAACACCUAUUGCUUAUUGGACUAACCUGUACAAUGCCAAGAGAUUCCCAAUUUUCUCCUCGGAUUUGUUCGAUGACAAUGGACAACUAUACAACAUCUCGCGAAUUUUGGAUGAGAAGGAAUUCAAAUUUGAUCAGAAGGCCUACAACGACUACUCGAAAAUCAAUUUUAGCACCUUCUACGCGCUUAAUUAUGGAUUUGGCUUUGCCUGCAUAACGGCAACUCUCUCUCAUGCAGCUCUCUUCUAUGGGGGUUCGGUAUGGAGGCAGCUAAAGGUGGCCCAUGGAGACCAAAAGCAAACCGGUGAUAUUCACAAUCAGUUGAUGAAGAAAUAUGAUCCUAUCCCUCAAUGGUGGUUUUACAUAAUUCUUCUUAGCUCGCUCGGUCUAGCAUUUUUCACAUGUGAAGAAUUUGGAGGGCAACUUCAACUACCCUUUUGGGGGGUUCUACUCGCAGUCGGUGUGGUUAUGAUUUUCUUACUACCGAUUGGUGUAAUUAUUGCUACUAGUAACCAGUACCUUGGGUUAGGUCUAAUUACGGAGUUGCUAAUCGGCUAUUUGUACCCGGGCAAACCAAUUGCUAACGUGGCUUUCAAAUCCUAUGGUGCCGUGAGUUUGAAUCGGGCCGUGUCCUUCCUACGUUUUCUUAAACAAGGACACUACAUGAAGAUUCCUCCAAGAUCAAUGUUCGCCGUUCAGAUAGUGGGCUUGUUGAUCUCAUCCACCAUUAACUUCGGCACGGCGUGGUGGAUACUCUCGACGGUAAAGAACAUUUGCGAACCAGACAAGCUGCCUCCAGGAAGCCCAUGGACAUGCCCAUCUGAACGUGUUUUCUUUACUAUUACAGCCACUUGGGGCAUUGUGGGCCCAUCCCAUAUGUUCGCCCCAUUCGGCCUAUACAAGUACCUCUACCUUUUCUUCCUCCUUGGCGCACUAGCACCCGUGCCUGUGUGGCUUCUUUCGCGUGCAUUCCCGAAUAAGAAGUGGAUCAGACUCAUCCAUUUCCCGAUCUUACUGGGGUCCACCUUAAACAUGCCCCCAGUAAGGGCCGUCCAUCAUUGGUCAUGGUUUGUGGUAGGCUUCCUUUUUAACUAUUUUAUAUAUAGGAAAUACAAUAGGUGGUGGAGCAGGUACAACUAUGUUUUAUCAGCUGGGCUGGAUAUUGGGAUUGCUUUUAUGGCUCUUUUGACAAGCUUUGCUCUGCAUAACAUCUAUGGAGUGAAAUGGUGGGGUUUGGAAUUGGGAGACCAUUGCCCGCUGGCCCACUGCCCAACAGCCCCAGGUGUAGACGUUGUUGGGUGCCCGGUUUUUCAUUGAUUAAUGAUAAAAUAGGAAUGUUUGUUGAUUGAUAAAGUGGUCAUCUUAGGAUCUCUUGUAUUUAAUCUUUACUGUAAUCUAUGGCCAUCUUAGGAUCUCUUGUAUUCAAUCUUCACUACAA